CCUAGCGCUCAUUUCAGUUUUCAACUUCUCACUUCACCACCGCCUUCAGGCUCCAUCUCCUUCAUUUACCUGUACUGCUAAGAAAUUCUGCCAUUUCUCAUUGGAGAUGCAAGUUUCAUCACCUGCUAAUUUGUUUUCCCUUGCUGUUUGUGUCAAUCUUACUCUAUCUCGCUACCCCUCUCUCCUCUCCAAUGUUAUAACACAUGUAACUUCUCUCAGAUUGCAGACCUUGUUCGACCAUAUGGGUGGAUUUUGUAUCUUCUAUUUUGCAAUUUUAGGUCUUGUGGAAGGAGUUCAAGAACGACUACUUAGGUUCAUAACCUAUAUUUGCUUCUCUGGAAUCAGAGUUUCAUCUCAUUUCAGGUUAUUGGUGUCAAGUCACACAUCUCCCAAUUUGGUUUUGACAUUGACUCAAUCCGUGAGAUGAUAAAUGGACUGGUGGCCAUUUGAAGAUUAUGGUGGUGGAAGAAAAGAAUCAAGGGAUGCAUGCAUAGCUCCUUCAACUAUGAAGCUCAUAUUCUUGAAGUUAUAGGCUUUGAGUGACCUUCCUUUGUUUUGAAGAUGACAUUUUAGAAUAAUAAGUUGGAAUUAUCUAACAGACGUGAUGUUUUGGUAGUAAAUUUUUGUUUUUGAGAUACUAGCUAAUAAAUAGUUUCGAUAAUGUGUAAAUUUAAUUCGAUGAUAUAUUUAAAGUGAGUACGUAUUAUUAUAUAAAUUAAUAUAAUUAGCAUCGCUUUCAUCAUC